CGCGGCGGGCCGGGAGCCGCACGGGGCCGGGCUUCAGAGCCGGAGCUCCGGAGGCCGCGGGAGGAGCCGUCACUGGCACGGGGCACCGUCAGGCGGGCGCCGGCAUCAUCAGGUGGGCACCGGGCACCAGUCGGGUGGGCGCCGGGCAUCAGGUGGGCAUCGGGCAUCAUCAGAUGUGCAUGGGGCAUCAGUUGGGCACCAGCAUCAUGAGGUAGGCAUGGGGCAUCGGUGGGCAUCGGGUAUCAGGUGGGCAUCGGGCAUCCUCAUGUGGGCACGAGGCAGCCCUCUGUGGACUCCUAGCUCGCCGUUUGUCAGCCGCGGGAGCUCCAGCGAGCUCGCGCGUUCUCUGUCCUCCGACAAGCCUCAGGCAGCCGUCAGCAGCACGGUGCACGUGGACUGUGGCGAUGCCCCUGGGUUGACGUCCGUGCGCCCUGCCUGAGUUCCCACUCCAGACCCUCCGCCCUGCGUGAGCGGGUGAGCAGGGAGGUCGCGGCCGCGAGGCCGGCCCGCGUUGGA